GGGAAAAAAAAAAGAGUGGGCUGGGCGAGGCCUUGUGGUUGAAACAUAACCCGACCCGAGAAAUCACAUUGAUUCAACUAAGACGGUGGUUUCUUGUUCCAACUCGUCCGUUCCGAUUCUCACCUCUCUAAACGCACGCACGCGAUUCUCACUUCAAUCUUCCAGGGUUCUUCAGCAUCCAUCUUCCAGACAAGACAAGACAAUCACACAAGAGAAACCUACCAUGACUUCCAGAUUCUUUUACCAGGGUGGUGAUCAAAGUGAUACCGACGAUGAACCCACUGAUAUUGAUGACGAACCCAGUGAUACUGAACCCGCUCCAACAGAUCCAAACGGUAAAAGCAAAUACUUGGCUGGUGGUAAUGCUGAUGACAGCGACGAUGAUGAUGGCCAAAAGCGUGUUGUUAAGUCUGCUAAAGAUAAGCGUUUUGAUGAGAUGGCUUCCACUGUUGAUCAGAUCAAGAAUGCUAUCAAGAUCAAUGACUGGGUCAGCUUGCAAGAGAGCUUUGACAAGAUCAACAAACAGCUCGAGAAAGUUAUGCGUGUUAUCGAGUCCCAAAAGAUCCCCAAUCUCUACAUCAAGGCGCUCGUAAUGCUUGAAGAUUUCCUCGCUCAGGCUUCUGCUAAUAAGGAUGCCAAAAAGAAGAUGAGUCCCAGCAAUGCCAAAGCCUUCAACUCAAUGAAGCAAAAAUUAAAGAAGAACAAUAAGCAAUACGAGGACUUGAUUAUCAAAUGCAGGGAGAGUCCUGAGAGUGAGGGCGAAAAGGAUGAAGACGAUGAAGACUCUGACGAAUAUGAGUCCGAUGAUGAGAUGAUUGAACCUGAUCAGCUCAGGAAGCCGGAGCCUGUAUCGGAUUCUGAAACUUCUGAGCUUGGUAAUGACAGGCCUGGUGAUGAUGGCGAUGCUCCUUGGGAUCAAAAACUUAGCAAGAAAGACAGGCUUUUGGAAAAAAUGUUCAUGAAAAAGCCUAGUGAGAUCACAUGGGACACGGUUAACAAGAAGUUCAAAGAGAUUCUGGAAGCCAGGGGCAGGAAGGGAACUGGAAGGUUUGAACAGGUUGAGCAGCUUACCUUCCUAACAAAAGUUGCUAAAACACCUGCUCAGAAGCUGCAAAUUCUUUUCAGUGUGGUUUCUGCUCAGUUUGAUGUUAAUCCAGGCCUCAGUGGCCAUAUGCCCAUAAGUGUGUGGAAAAAGUGUGUGCAGAACAUGCUGGUCAUUCUCGACAUUCUCGUGCAGCACCCAAACAUAAAGGUUGAUGAUUCUGUGGAGCUAGACGAGAAUGAAACUAAGAAAGGGGAUGACUAUAACGGACCCAUUAAUGUCUGGGGCAACUUAGUUGCUUUCUUAGAAAAAAUAGAUGCCGAGUUUUUCAAGAGCUUGCAGUGCAUUGAUCCCCACACACGGGAAUAUGUUGAGAGACUCAGGGAUGAGCCUCAGUUUGUUGUUCUUGCACAGAAUGUCCAGGAAUAUCUUGAAAGCAUUGGAGAUUUCAAAGCUUCUUCUAAGGUAGCCUUGAAGAGGGUUGAACUCAUUUACUACAAACCACAUGAGGUUUACGAAGCAACGAGAAAAUUGGCUGAGAUGACAGUAGAGGGAGAUAAUGGAGAGAUGAGUGAGGAGCCAAAAGGUUUUGAGGAUACAAGAAUUCCUGCUCCGUUUGUUGUUACCCUGGAACUUGUGGCGCGGAAACCCACCUUCCCGGAAAAUAGCAGGACCUUAAUGGAUGUGUUAGUAUCACUGAUAUAUAAAUACGGAGAUGAGCGCACUAAAGCACGCGCAAUGCUUUGUGAUAUAUAUCACCAUGCUCUUCUUGAUGAGUUUGCAGUAGCCCGUGAUCUGUUGCUUAUGAGUCAUUUGCAAGAAAAUGUUCACCACAUGGACAUUUCGACACAAAUACUUUUUAACAGGGCUAUGUCACAGUUAGGUCUUUGUGCUUUUCGGGCUGGGCUGGUUUCUGAAGCGCAUGGCUGUUUGUCUGAACUUUAUUCUGGUGGACGGGUGAAGGAAUUGCUUGCGCAAGGAGUUUCACAGAGCCGUUAUCAUGAAAAGACCCCAGAACAGGAAAGGUUGGAAAGAAGACGGCAGAUGCCAUAUCAUAUGCAUAUAAAUCUUGAGCUCCUGGAAUCAGUGCAUCUUACAUCUGCUAUGCUGCUGGAAGUUCCCAACAUGGCAGCCAAUGUUCAUGAUGCAAAGCGUAAGAUCAUCAGUAAGAAUUUCCGACGCUUGCUUGAGGUCAGCGAGAAACAAACAUUCACCGGUCCUCCUGAAACUGUCAGGGAUCAUGUUAUGGCUGCCACAAGGGUUCUUAUUAAUGGAGAUUUCCAGAAGGCCUUUGACAUUAUUGCAUCUCUUGACGUCUGGAAAUUUGUGAAAAAUCGAGACGCCGUGCUAGAAAUGCUUAAGGACAAAAUCAAGGAAGAGGCACUUAGGACAUACCUAUUUACCUUCUCUUCAUCAUAUGAUUCUUUGAGCGUGGUUCAGCUCACAAAUUUUUUCGAUCUCUCUCUUCCUCGUGUUCAUAGUAUUGUCAGUAGGAUGAUGGUCAAUGAGGAGCUUCAUGCAAGCUGGGAUCAACCAACUGGGUGCAUUAUUUUCCGAAAUGUUGAACACUCAAGGGUGCAGGCUUUGGCAUUCCAGUUGACUGAGAAAUUAUCUAUCCUUGCAGAGAGUAAUGAAAGAGCUACAGAAGCAAGGUUAGGCGGCGGUGGGUUGGAUCUGCCUCCAAGGCGGAGAGAUGGGCAGGAUUAUGCCGCUGCAGCUGCUGGCGGUGGUAGUGGAACGUCUUCAGGUGGCAGGUGGCAAGACUUGUCCUAUUCUCAAACAAGGCAAGGCAGUGGACGUACGGGAUACGGUGGAGGAAGAGCAUUAUCGUUCAGUCAAGCUGGUGGGAGUGGUGGCUAUUCUAGAGGACGGGGAACGGGUGGAGGCGGCUAUCAGAAUUCAGGGAGGACUCAAGGGGGUUCAGCAUUGAGGGGACCCCACGGAGAUACUUCUACCCGCAUGGUUAGCCUUAGGGGAGUUCGUGCUUGACAUUGCUUUUACUCCAUUUAACUCAGUAUUACAACUUUCUGUUUUUUUAAAGGAUAUUGUUUUCUGUCUUUCGUUUUUGUACCAUUUAUUUUCAUUAUGCACUUAAUCUAGAUUCUGGAGUUUUGAUGAAAAUUUCUGUGUUUUUAUUUA